AUGAUCGUACCUCUUCUUCGGAGUGAAGCCCGUGGCUGGUCAUCAUCUGGAUCGUCGAUUCGUUAUAGCGGCGGUAUUUACGGAGGUAAAAUACAUCACAGUCAACAUUCUAAUGAUCCUGAUCCUAAACAAGCUCUUCAAUAUUCUUAUACCUUACAAGCUAUGCCAACACCAACAACAGCUCCAACGUCUGCUUCACAAACUAUAGAUGAUAAAACAGUUGAUCUUGCUAACAAUAAUACUGAAUAA